CACACUUUCAAAGGUGUUUCAGGAUGAGCGAGAGUGAUGCUCUUUUCGAUGACGUAUAUGAGCUUCAUGAAAUUAUUGGAAAGAAUCAGCUCGUGUUUUUCUAAUGAAACGAGGAAUAACUUGAAUUUUUCAAACGUUAUGUAGUGUAGCUUUAUUUUGGAAGCGCUGAUGAUAACCAAAACUCUGUGAAGUUUCUUUUUGUUUCAUUUUUGUGCUCUUAGUUUCAUCGACACAAUUUCGGUACGACUUAAGAAAAAUUUGCGAUCUUGACAUUUAGCCAAUUUCCUUAUUUCGGGGAAAUUGUUGUCCCUUUUGGAUAAACCUUGGGGAAGCCGCAAUAUAAAACUUUUAAGGAAUCUUUGGAAAGUGGGACAGAACCUCCAAAGUUUUCGAAAGUCCUGGAAAAUAUUCAAAAUGUUUGGGGAAUAUUUUGUUUUCUUCAAUAUUUCCCUAUAAUAUUAUGACACUGAGGUUUUCCUCCACAUUUUAGGAAACUUUGGAAGAAACUGCCAGUCGUUUCACGACUUUGGGGAAAAUCCAAAAAUUUUCCUCAAAAUAGGGAGAUUGGUUAUGACUUUGCAAUUUCUUUAUUAACUUAAGACUUAUAAAUUUGUGCACACACCUGUCUCCAUUGUUACGUCUAAGAAACGUAAUUAGGUGUGUCUUGUGCGUCACUUAUUGCGACUGGAAUAAAGUUGGGGAAAUUUUGGGAUUUUCCUCCAAAGUCGUAAUAAAUAUGGUAGUUUACCCCAAAGUUUGUGAAAAGUUUACAGAAAAACCCCACAGCCUUAUUAGGUUCUGAGGAAAUUGUCCGAAUUACCAUUUCAGGACUAAACAUCUAGAUUGAACAAUGAUUGUUCAAUGAUCUCACUGUAUAUGAUCGUUAGGUCGAGGUCUUCUGUACCCAAAUACAUGCAAACUACAGUCGAUCAUACCUCAUGUUUCCUUUAAAACAGACUAAUCUAUGUACAUAGCAAUGUUGGGAAAGAGGUGUAUAGUUCAUUCUUCUAAGCAGCUCAUUUUCGUGUUUUACCCUUUUAUUAAUCACUAUAUUUUGUCACAUUUUUUUCAGAGGGCCUUUCAGCGUUAUACGACGAUGUACUCGUAGGGAUACUGGUACUGAGUAUGCAGUUAAAAUAGUUGAUGUUGUAAAGUUUACAAGUAGUCCAGGACUUUCUACAGCAGACUUAAAACGUGAAGCGAGUAUAUGCCACUUACUGAAGCAUCCACAUAUUGUUGAAUUAGUAGAAACUUACAGUAGUGAUGGAAUGUUAUACAUGAUAUUUGAAUAUAUGAAAGGUGCUGAUUUGGCAUUUGAAAUUGUGAAACGUGCAACAGCUGGCUUUGUUUAUAGUGAAGCAGUGGCAAGUCAUUAUCUACGACAAAUUCUAGAAGCUAUACAUUAUUGUCAUGAGAAUAAUAUUAUUCAUCGUGAUUUAAAACCACAUUGUGUUGUCUUAGCAAGUAAAGAGAAUUCAGCACCUGUAAAACUUGGCGGUUUCGGUCUAGCCAUACAUCUAAAUUUGGAUACAAAUCAAGUGAAUGGAGAUUCACCGAUAACGGUUGAUCAAGAAAUUUUUGUUUCUCUACGUUCUGAUCAGUGUGGUCGCAUUGGAACUCCACAUUAUAUGGCUCCUGAAAUGAUUCGUCAUGAACCAUAUGGAAAAGCUGUAGAUGCAUGGAGUUGCGGUGUUUUAUUGUUUCUUCUACUUAGUGGUUCUUUACCGUUUUAUGGAACACGAGAUGUUUUAUUUACACAAAUAGUCUCUGGACGUUAUCACCGUCAACCUCAAGUAUGGAAUAUGAUAUCACCGGAAGCAAGAGAUUUAGUAUCACGUUUAUUAGAAGUGGAUCCAACACAGAGAUUAACAAUUGAAGAAGCUUUACGUCAUCCAUGGAUUAGUCAAAAAGCUCGUGCAUCUAAAACACAUCUACAUGAAACAGUUGAAGAAAUGAGACGUUUUAAUGCUAGGCGCAAACUUAAGGGAGCUAUUCUAGCCGCUGUUUCAAGUACAAAAUGGGCAAGCUUCUACACUGAGCCGAACAUUCUCUCUGAUGACGAUAUUUUAGAUGAAGAUGAUGAAGUCACAUCAGCUGCUGUUAGUGCUGUAUUAGACAGUUUUGAAGAGAUGCAAUGUCUUACAGAAUGUUUUGAAAAAGAUUCUGAUCUAUUUCAACCAGUAUUUGAAGAUGAACAUUUACAUUGUUUAUUAGAGCUCUAUGAUCAUAUUAACACACAUUCACCAGGCAGUGAUUUUCAUGUUCCUGCUGAUGCAACAGAAAUUUGGGCUAAAGUAAUAACAGAAUUAUCCGUAUUGAAUAAAACAGAAAUGAUGUCGACUGUUGAAGAAUUAAAAUUUUAUAUGAAACAACCUCACUUUCGUGCAUUAUUACAAACGUAUGAUGUAAUAGCUCAAGAAGUUUAUGGCCCUGAAGCUAUUCGUGUCACUCCACCACCAUUGUCAUCAUUUUUAAAUGGUGAUGAAGAUGAUCAUAUGGAAUCAGAUACAGAUCAACCACAAGUGACACGUGUACGUUUGGUACAAUUUCAAAAGAAUACAGAUGAACCAAUGGGUAUUACAUUAAAGCUAAAUGAAGAGAAUAAGUGUAUUGUUGCAAGGAUUCUACAUGGUGGAAUGAUACAUCGACAAGGUACUUUACAUGUUGGAGAUGAGCUACGUGAAAUUAAUAAUGAACCAGUAGCUGGUCGAUCUGUUGAACAUUUACAACGUUUAUUGCGUAAUGCUCGUGGAAAUGUGAGUUUGAAAAUUAUUCCCAGUUAUAGAACACAUCCAUUACAAUGUGAAAUCUAUGUUCGUGCAAUGUUUGAUUAUAGUCCUGAAAAUGAUGAUUUAAUACCAUGUACUCAAGCUGGUAUACAUUUUCAUAUUGGUGAUAUAUUACAAAUUAUUAGUAAAGAUGAUCAUAAUUGGUGGCAAGCUCGUUUAUGGGGUUCGGAUUGUCAAGCACCAGCGGGUUUAAUUCCUAGUCCAGAACUUCAAGAAUGGCGUAUGGCAAAUAAAGCAGCUGAAUUAUCACGUGAAAUGGGUAUUACACAUUGUGGUGCAUGGUUUAAACGUCGUAAACGUCAUUUUAAAGAUAAAUACAAAAAUAAACAUUCAGCUAUUUAUGAUCAAUUAGAUUUAGUUACUUAUGAAGAAGUUGUCAGAUUACCACAAUUUCGUCGUAGAACAUUAGUAUUACUUGGUGCACAUGGUGUUGGACGACGUCAUAUUAAAAAUUGUUUAAUUCAAUCAUCACCUGAUAAAUUUGCAUAUCCUAUUCCUCAUACAACUCGUACACCACGUAAAGAUGAAGUGAAUGGAAAAAAUUAUUAUUUUAUUUCACAUGAUGAAAUGAUACGUGAUAUUGCUAAUAAUGAAUACUUAGAAUAUGGUUCACAUGAAGGAGCAAUGUAUGGUACAAAAUUGGAUACAAUAAGACAAAUACAUGCAACUAGUUUAAUUGCUAUAUUGGAUGUUGAACCACAAGCAUUGAAAAUAUUACGUACUGCUGAAUUUGCUCCAUGUAUUGUAUUCAUUGCAGCUCCAACUCUCACCAAUAUCACUAAUGGACAGAAUAAUAGUAACAAUAAUGGUAAUGAUAAUGACGAAAGUCUUGAAAGAUUAACACGUGAUAGUGCAUUAUUAGAACAACAUUAUAGUCAUUUUUUCGACUUAAAAAUUAUUAACAAUGAUAUUGAAGAAACAAUUAUUCAACUUAAACGUGUAAUAGAUGACUUUCAAAUUACUCCACAAUGGAUACCAGUAACAUGGGUCUAUUAAUUAUGAUUCAUUUAAUCAUGAUUACACAAUGUUGUGAAUAAUGUUACAAUUGGACAAAAUGGUUUUGUUUCUUUCAACUUCUCGUUAUUCUUAUUAUCAAUUGGAUGGUUACUUUGCAUAGAAUGUGCUUUCUUCUAUUUAAAUUCGUUUCUUUCUCUCCUCCCCCCUCUCUCUCUCUCUGUGUGUGUGCAUCUAUUCAGUUACAUCUUGUUUUUUUAACCUUUUAACCUUUCCCUUUGCUACUAUUCUUUCAUAGUAUCUCUGUUCUUUCCCAACCCCCCCCCUUAUUCACAUUUUAGUUUUUUCUUAACUACGUAAUUCUGAUUCCUCAUCGUAUUCAUAUCAUUAUCUUUCUUGUUUAUCCAUGUUCAAAAUCAAAGGAAAUGUUUUCAUUUUGUAGAGAUGAUCAAACAGAAAACUCCACCUAGUCAAUUAUAAUUUCUAAUCCAUCAUCGUUAUUCCAUUGCAUUUCUCUGUAUAUAUAAUAUAGUAGUCAUCUAAAAGAUGCUAUUGCUUCUUUUUACUUUUGUUGUUGUUGUUGUUAGUGUUGGUGUAUUGUUUAUUGACUUACUAAAUCAGUAUUAAGUAGUAUUGAAAUCUUUUGUCGCACAAUUUACUUCACGUGAUCAAUCGUAAUUUUAAUUCAUUGAACCUUGAUCAUAACAUGAUCAUUAUGUUAAUAGUUAAUUCUGUUUUUUUGUUUGUUUUUCGGUUUUAACUUUUGUUUGAUGGUGUUUGUUUUCUUUUUUAAAUUAUCAAGUUCUACUUUCAGUUAAUAAUUUUUUUCUGUCUGUAUUUACUUUAAAUAAGAAUAAAAC